AUGUGCAAACGCUGCCGUUUUGGCCGCAACGCCGUUCCAUAUGAUAUCGUCGACAUACUCUCCGACGAGGAGUCAGAUGUGGAGUACAUUCCAAAGCGCAUAGCUAGCUCCAGUCGACGUGUUCCUAUUCAAGUCAAUGAAGACGAGGACCAAGAGGCUAUUGAUCUCACCGGGGAUGAUGACGACGACUUCAUCCGUGAGCUUACGCCCAACGAGCUGAAGACUAUCGAAGGCAGAGACAAGACUGCUGGAAGCGUACUUCCAGGCUUCAGACUGAUUAGCAAUGUCACAACCUCGCAUGGAUUGCACAUAUCGACCAGCCUAGAGGAGCCAACGGAGGUCGAACUUCCAGACGGUGACUUUCUCCGCGUGCUUUACAUUUACCAGCACCUCUUCACCCGGGAAGUCAUCCUGAAAGGCAUUCUGCUCAGACGUGUGCGCCGUGUGCAUCGCUAUUACAAAAAGAACAGAAACGAGCUUUGCGCCAUUCUCCAACAGAAUAGGGACAUGGAGGAUCUCACUCUGGACAGCUCGUUGGUGACUCGCUCUCUUGGCGAAGUCGUGCAGAUUCGCAACAUUGUCUUCACCAACGCAGACUUCCCAAGCUUCAGCUUUCGCUCCGACCCUCAGCUCUUCGGGCCGCACGCAACCGCCAACAACAAGAACAUUGAGGACACUGCUGUACUUGUUUGUCGUUUCAAGUACAUAGAGUGCUGCAAUGCUGCCAACGGCAAAGUCAUGAUGGAGGUUCUGCUAGACCUACGCGAGCAUGAGGCAGACAAGGGCAAAGGCGUGUCAGACUUGGCGAAGAAGCAGCGUUGGUUGAGCGGUGGUGAGAAGCAAGAGGUGGUGGUCCUUGACGAUGACAGUCCUAAAUCAGAGCCUAUGGACUCCAUCAAGAAAGAGAAGCGCACUUCUCUAUCUGAUGUGCCUGCACACCAGCCGUUCGAUAAGAAGAGAAAGAUCGUCGUCGAUCUGACGAGCGACGAUGAGUCAGAGGAGGUCACUGAGCAGACGCGAAAGACUUUCAUCACGGACACGUUCAAGCGAAGCAAGCUGGGCGGUGGUUUAGUACAGCGCCGAGAGCGUACGUCAGUCACCAGUUUUACGAAGAUCACCAAGUCUCGCUCUUCGUCAGUAUCCAGCAUCCGCACGUUUGGCCGUGGCACGGCAGUUCCGGUGAAGCCUUAUACUUAUGGCGACAUCUGUGCAGGUGCGGGCGGCAUGGCUCGAGGCGCUGCAGACCACGGCUUUGUCGUGAACUUCCUCCUGGAUCACUGGUCGACUGCCUGCGACACGCUUCGUCGAAACUGGCCACGAGCUAAGGUCCUUGAGGCCAGCAUCUUCGACUUUUGCACCAAGCUUACUUUCCAGGGCUACAUGCGUGUGGAUAUACUGCAUAUCAGCUUCCCCUGUCAGACUCAUUCUCUCGCGCACACUCGCCCUGGCAAGGAUGACGAUGCGAAUGAGGCUGCUGCAUUGUCGGUUGGUGACCUGCUGAGGAAGUGCCGGCCUCGUGUGGUUACAUUCGAACAGACUUGGUCCAUCUUGAUCGACCGACGUCGCCCGCAUUUUCAGGCACUUGUCCAUCAACUGACCAGUAUGGGCUACAACGUGCGCUGGAAGGUUUUGAUCUGCUCCGAGUACGGCAACGUCCAGCCACGAAAGCGACUUUUCGUCAUCGCCUCCUGCCCCGGCGAGCCACUCCCUCCUUUCCCGAAGCCGACUCAUGGCCCAGGUCGCAAGCCCUUCGUGACGAUCAGAGACCGACUCGCCCUCAUUCCCCAGAGUGUACUCCCUCACAUGCAACAGCAUACCAAGAAGGACGCCGCACCAUACAAUCCCAACCGCGUCCUCCGAGCUGCUAUCACCUGUGAUGGCGGCCAGGGAGACGUUCAUCCCAGCGGCAAGCGUUCCUUCAACAUGCAGGAGCUUGCUUCACUCGCCGGCUUUCCACCACGCCAUCAAUUUACGGGCUUCAAGACCGCCAUUCGGAAGCAGAUCGGCAAUGCGGUACCCAGCAUGGUUGCGAAAUCCAUCUUCCAGGACAUCGAGAAGAGCAUGAGGCAGGCGGAUAGGGAUGAGGAAGUGAGAGAUGCACAGCUGAGGCGUGAGGAUAUUGAGAUUGAUUGA